GACAUAUACCGCCGAUACACGCCAAUCAUCACUCACUGUAGUGCAACAAGGUUAUGUUUACCAAUGUCGGGAACUUUUGAUUGUUUAUUAACUUGUUUAUAAUUUGAAAAUUUAAAUAUUCAACAAUUAAUGAUGGAAUAUCCGCUUAAAAAAGUUGAACUGCAAGCAGAUGUCUAUAUGACUUGUCUUCAACAUGCAUUAUCAACGGAAAAUUUUGAAGUGAUGGGAUUACUUAUUGGCCAUAUUGACAGCGGUAUUACUAAAAUUUCUGCCUUGAAUAUUUUACUACGAUUAGAUAAAAAGAAAGAUCGUGUAGAAAUUUCUCCAGAACAAUUGUUCAAAGCUGCUGCAGAAGCUGAACGAUUGAGUGAGGAAUUAAAAAGACCUAUGAGAGUAGUCGGAUGGUAUCAUUCUCAUCCUCAUAUAACAGUUUUUCCUUCUCAUGUCGAUAUUGGAACCCAGGCAACAUAUCAACUGAUGGACUCGUGCUUUGUUGGUCUAAUAUUCUCAGUAUUUUCCGAAAAUAAAGAGACAAAAGAACAAGAGUGUGUAUUAACUUGUUUUCAAUCUCGUAAUAAUGAUGCCGUAGAAAUUCCAGUAGAGAUUGUUAAAAUUGGAGAAAUAUCAAAGGAAUGCUUGGAUGCAUUAAAAGAUCUGCCAAAAAUUCUUGUUCAAGAAGAUGAUGAAGUUGCAAACCAUUGUGAAAAUAGUUCAGAUCCUCUUGCAACUAUUCACAAUAAUGCGGUUCGUACACGUGCUCUUGCGCACAUUACGGAUGUAGUUACUAAACCUUUGAUAGAAGUGCUGGAGCAACGACUCAUUCUCAAUGAAAAUUAUAAGACUCAUCUUCAUAAAGUUAAACAAAAGCUAUUGAAAGGAAUUCAAAAGUCGCAUCCAACCCAACUGGAAACCAAGCAAACUAAGAAGAAAGGCAACAAAUCUUUAGGGAAAAAAUAGAUUUUUUUUUUUAUGAAGACAAUUAACUCGUUUUUGUUAAGACCAUUAAUAUUUGAUUAAAGUUUAAAAAUUUGACUGGAAUAAUGAGUUUUUAAACCAAAAAACGAGUUUGACUUUUUAAAGUGAUCCAGUUAUUACUAAUAAUAAAUAAUGUUGUUUAAUUUAAAAAUCAGUAUUGUUAAUUUAUAACAAAUAAAUAUAUGAUUAUUACUAAAUGUAUAAUCAAAUUAUUGUUAAGAUCAAUUCCAUU